CUAAAUGUCGCAAUCGGUCGCGGCCGAUCGUUCGAACGCCGCUCGUCGAAGGAAGGGGUCGAACACUUUCUCUCGCACGCGGCGAACCAGCGUCGAACGAGGCCUACGAGCCGACGAGAGGAACACUCGGUCACGAGUUUUUACCAAAGGAACAACCAGUCACGUUUCCGUCACUGUGCUCCUCUGCCGAUCGAUCGUCGCGUGAAUACAGCGUUCCAAGAUGCGAGUGACGCGAGCUUCUUCCAUUCUUGGCUGUUGGUUGUUGGCAGUGACGUUGGUGGACGCCGCACCGAGCCCAGAGGAACCAUUGUUCAAUCUUCCCGUACAACUGAUCGGUUUCCCGGUGAUCAUAGCCACUGUGAGGCUCACCAACUUCGUGAAGAAACUCGCCUAUUCAUUGAACCCAGAAACUUACGUCAGCCGAGUGAGACGAGAUCUUCCUCUGGUCCACGACGAAGAGAUCCUCAAUGUCGACCAAGUGGAGAAGAAAUUGGUAUCGGAAUUGGGCAACAACGUGUGCGUUUACGAGAGAAUUUGCGCGAAAUACGCUACCCGAACUCUGCAGAAACGAAGCAGGGAACGUGUUUUGGAUUGGGACAUCGUUUUCAGCGAGUACAAAUCAUCGCCGAUCCCGAUGAAGGAGAAUUAUUUAUUGAGCGUGUUCCUGGGCGACAUCAUAGGCAGCCCGCGACUCUGUCACCAGUUGGCGAAACGAGGAAGAGGCUGCGACGAGGCCACGCUCUCGGAUUAACUGUAAAA